UUGGAGAAGAGGGAGGAGGGGUCUGGCCCUUGCCUGCCUCUCCCCCGGGGGCCCUGGAGAGAGAAGGGGGGUCCCUCCCCCCGGGUCGGGAUUCAAGGGGGGGUAGACGAGACCCCCCCCCCCGGCCAAGGAGGGGGCUCCCCUCUCCGUGGGGGAGGAGGAGGAGGAGGGGCUCCCCAGGGAAGGGGCGAGGGCCCAGCCCUUCCAAAGGAGGAGGGGGGAGAGGGAAGGUGGCUUUGGAGGCUGCGGUUCCCGGAUCGCCAGCCACGACUUCCUCCAAGGCCCCGAGGGCGGCCCCAGGAGGCUCAGAGCAAGCGAGGGCCGGAGGAGGGUCCCAGAGGCCUUGGGCAGAAGGGACGGGGCAGGCUUCGGGGCUGUAGAUCCGCCCGGCCUCCCUUGGCCAUCCUGCCUUGGGAGGGAGAGCUCUGCCAAUGGCUCUGGCCAGGGCUGCCUCCCCCGAGAGCCGAGAGGGGCCUUCCUUCCAGGCCGGGGCGGCAGGGCAGCCAGCAAGGAGAAGCUCGCCCCUGCCCUGGAUGGGAUCAGCUCCUGAGGGAGGCCCUGGGGCCCGAAAUGCCCAGGGCUUCUUCAAGACUGAAUUGCGGUUGGUGGGGUUUUGGGGCCACGUGGCCAUGUUCUAGAAGAGUCUAGGACUGACAUCUCACCUACAUCUGUGGCUGGCUUCUUCCGAGAAUGCCGGCAUGGAAGAGAGGGGUCCAUCUACACUGGGGGGGGGGGGUAUAUAUACUGUGUGGCCCUAAGUUGGGAGGACCUACCCCACCCACUUCCAUGCCAGCCUUCUCUGAAGAUGCCAAAGCCACAGAUGCUGGCAAAACAUCAGGAACAAACUCUUUUAGAACAUGGCCACAGAGCCCCCCAAAACCCACAAAUACUAUGAAUGGCAGCCAUGGGAGCCUUCGACUGAGCACCCCCUCCCCUUCACUGGCAGCCUGAGACCCCCCCACUCAAGGAAACGGCCUCAGCUGAGGGCAAGAUGGAGGGUUCGACCACCGGCUCCCACAGCCCCACGGGGCUCAGCUAUGCGGUGGCGGCGUCGCAGAUCCUGGGCCUGGCCGUGGUCACCAUGAUGGGGGCCUGGAUGGGUCACUUUCGGGGAGGCCUGGCCUGGGACAGCCCUCAGCUCCAGUUCAACGUCCACCCGCUCUGCAUGACCCUCGGGAUGGUCUUCCUCCAGGCGGACGCCCUCCUGGUCUUCCGCGUGUUCAGGAACGAGAGCAAACGUGCCACCAAGAUCCUCCAUGGCCUCCUUCACAGCCUGGCCCUUGUCGUCGCUUUGGUGGGGCUGGUGGCCGUCUUCCAGUACCACAAGAAGCAGAACUUCCCUGACCUCUACAGCCUCCACAGCUGGUGCGGCAUUCUGGCCUUCAGCUUCUACUUCCUACAGUGGCUGGUGGGCUUGGGGUUCUUCCUCUUCCCGGGGGCCUCCUUCUCCCUCCGCAGCUGGUAUAAGCCGCAGCACGCAUUCCUGGGGGCCGCCAUCUUUCUUCUCUCUGUUGCCACGGCCCUCCUGGGCAUCCUGGAGCUCCUUCUCUUCAAGAUCAAGGAUACCUAUGGUUCCUUUGCCCCCGAAGGGGUCCUGGCCAAUGCCUUGGGGCUCCUACUGGCAGCCUUUGGGGCCAUCCUGGGCUACAUCCUCACCCGAGAGGAGUGGCGGCGCCCCCUCCGGGGCGAAGAAAUGGCCCUCUCCAUGGACUUCAAGACCCUGACGGAGGAGGAGCCUGGCGAGCGGAGUCCUGCAGACCCUCGCUGAACCCCCCCCCCAGGAGCCCUGCACUCCGCUUGCCCCUUCCUCUGGCCCUUAUGUUCUGUGACUGUUUCCUGUUGCUUGGUGGCACUGCAAGCUGGACCCCUGCUCUUCCCUGGCCCCCUGCUUGCGUGAAGUGGGGGGCUGCCAUGUUCCCUGUGGGCAAAAGGGGUGGCACUGUGCCUUCUCCCUGGAUCUUCCCUUGGAGGGCCUCUCUCCAGCCACUGACCUCGUCUGGCUCCGUGCUGGAGAAGACUUGGAGGGGAGGGAACACAUCCCUAAGGGGGUCCCUUUGCCCAUAGAGGGGCACUUGGGAGGUGGGGAAGGCAGGAGGGCACUCACUUGCCCUAUGGCCACUACAGACCCCUUGGAGCUGUCUAGAUAUUUUGGAGCCCGGGGUGAGAUGGGGUGGGGGGAUUGCACUUCCAUCUCUUUGCUGAGAGGAGAAGAUGGUGGCCGGGGGUCUCCUCUGCCAGCCCCAUGUGCCCCUUUCCCUUCCUCUCUUCCCCUCUGGGCUCCCAGCGGGGCAUUUGGAAGCCUCUGCUUUGCCUUUUUGGGAGAGGGGGGUCCGGUCCUGGCCCCCUGACUGGGCUUUGCAGGGGGGCCUUUCUGGUAUGUGGGGGCUAUGGACUUGAAAGGGGGCUUUGUUUUUGGGAAGGGGCUACAUGCUGGAAAUUUGCUGGGCUGGGAGCCUGGCAGGGCUUUAUGGGGCUUUAUUUGCUGCUUGCGGUUGCUCCCCCUCGGGGCUUCUUCCUCUUUUCUCCCCUUCCGUCUUGCUCUUCCCCAAAGGUUUGAAAAAGCUGGGCCCUCAGGCAAAGAAGGAAAAGAAGAAGAAAGGAGGGAGGGAAGGAAGGAAGAAGUUGCUGCCACUGGGGCAGGGUGCCCUCCUCCUGCCCUGCGAUGAAGGCAACUGAGGUUGUUCCUGGCAGAAAGAGGGGAAAUGGUCCUGCCGCUCCUCUCUUGCAGUGAGGCAGUGGCUGCGAAUGCUAGGGGGCUGCUUUCUGGGCGACAGGAAGAUGAGCAUCUUGGGGACCAGUGGUGCCACUCCAGCCGGUGCCACGCAUGGGAUGCUGUCUCUCUCUUCCUUGGGACUCCUCGAGCUUCAUCUGCAGAGCUUUGUUUGUCUGCAGGGCAUCCCAAAAAGUGCCAUCUCUCGGUUCUCAUGAUGGAAAAG